AUGUCUAGAGAUCCUAAGCAUCGCGAAUACAGAGGUGAGAAAGAGCUGAGAGAUGCUCGAAAAAGCUUGAAUGUAAAUGAUGAAUACCUUAGUACAUUAAGAACCAAAUCAUACUUGGAAUUUUCCUCAAAAGCUCAAGUAUUAGCCAAUGAACCAUCUUCUCCAUACAAGUUCUUUCAGCUCUUGGAACCCUGCCAAGACACCGUAUCUUCCAUCUUAGAAUCCGCAAUCCUUGACGAAUCACCCGAACUCAAAACCCUAAUCUUCGAUUAUUUCAACGUUAGUGCCGAAGCAUCGAGGAUCUGCGGCCAUCUCCUCGCAAAAAUCAAUCAAAUCCAACGUAAUUAUCAGUUCAUCCAACGAGCACUCGAUUCGUUGGAUGAGUAUUAUCAUUCUCCCGAGAAAUUCGGACAGAUUCUUUCCGAGUUGAACUCAUUCGUAGCCCUGAAAAACCCGUUUUCCAACCCUGACAAACAUGAUUUCAAGAUGAUUAACGAGAAAUACUCCUCGAUAUUUCACCAUCUUAAAUCGAAGAAAAGGAAGGUUUCGAGGAAGAUAAAGAUGAUCAAGUUCGUUCAUAAAGCGUCCGGGAUUUGUUUAACGGCGGCUUGUGGAGUGGUUGUGGUAAUAGCUAUAGCUAUAUCAGUGCAUACUCUUGCACCAUUGUUAAUGACACCUGCGAUUCUGAGCUUCGUACCGGUAAAGCUUUUAAAGAAGAAGAAGACGAUGGUUUUCAAGAAAUUCCCGUGUUUGAAAUUUGGGUUUCUCAGGAAAGUCGGGGAUCAGCUCGAUGUUGCAGCGAAGGGGACUUACAUUUUGAACCGGGAUUUCGAUACGAUGAGUCGGAUGGUUUCGAGGAUGAAUGAUGAAGUUGAACACAAGAAGGAAAUCAUACGGAUUUGUUUGGAGAGACAAAGGGAAGAUCAUCGAUUUUGUCUGCAAAUUGUCGAGGAGUUAAACAAGUGCAAUUCUGGAUUCUGGAAACAGGUGCAGGAGCUUGAAGAACAUGUUUAUUUGUGCCUUGUGACGAUCAAUCGAGCAAGAGCAUUGGUAAUCAAGGAAAUGACAACAUCUUUUCUGGUCUAAAAACGACACCGGACGAGAUAAUUACAAAGAAAUAGUGCAUAAAUUAUAUCGACAU